AUAAAGAGGAAAACAACAAUAAUUAGAGAAAAACCUCCAUAGAUUUGAUUAUUUGAGCCUGCAUUAAUCCAGAUUGGAGUUGCAAUUAUCAGCCUGCAACUCCAAUUCAUGAUUAAUUAAAUAUGUUAGUGCCACUCGUUUUAUGACCCAAAUUUGAAAUUACAUUGAAAAUUUGAAACCCUUGACAGAUUUCAAUCUGCAUUUUCCAAUACACAUUACUCUAAUAAAAGUCAAAUCUCUCUGUUUAACGUCACUCUCACUCGUGCUAUGCAUUUUCCCCAAAAACUCUAUUCUUAUCGAAACAGGAGAAGGUUAAGCAAAAUGGGUACUGGCUCAUCGAAGAAUCCAGACAGUAGUUCACAUGGCAGCGAAGAUCAUGGAGGUGGACAACUUUACGUUUCUCUCAAAAUGGAAAAUUAUAAACUCAAAGACGAACUUUUUCCUCAUGUUUAUGGUUCAGUGCCAUUAAUUGGGUCAUGUGAUUCAUCCAAAGCUCUUCCAAUGGAACGCGAAUCCACUUCUAUGUGGGAACUCAGUUUCGUUGUUCCUCCUAAUCACGAGACAUUGGACUUUAAGUUCCUUUUGAAGCCAAAAAACAACCCUGAGCCGUGUAUAGUGGAGGAAGGUCCAAACCGUGUACUAAUUGCUGGAACAUUACAAGGGGACGGGCGUUCAGCCUCUUUUAAGCUGGACAACGGAGAGAUUAUUGAAUAUAGAGUGUUUGUUAAAGCAGACAGAGUUUCACCAUUUGACCUUGCGGCUAGUUGGAGAGCCUUUCAGGAAAAUCGCAGGCUUUCCAGUGUUCGAGACGUACCGGAUGUUAGCAUAAAUUCGUCACCAACGGCAGGUGCAGAGCAUGGCUCUUCAGCAAGUCUAGAGCUUGAUCUUGAACAUUAUGUUAUCCCCGCUCCGGCAACAUCUGCAGUUUACGCAGCUAACUUGACAGAAACUCCUAGGUCACUAAAACGUACAGGGGUAUUUUCUGGGACUGAUGGUACUAUCAUUCCAAGGCCUUCCUCAAAAGAGGGUCACACUUCAAAUGAUCGGUCUACAAUAAAGCAGAUGGAAGUACCGGAUCCAACUAGAGUCCCCUCAGGGUCUGGCAUGGUUGAGUCCAAGUCCGUGGGAACGGUCUCAUCUUUGCAAAAGCAAGAUAGUUACAGGGGACUCCUUGUAGAUAGGGGUGUGGGAUCUCCAAGACUAGUCAAAUCACCCUGUACAACCAGUUUAACUCUUGAUCUCAAGCCUGAUUCUGAUGCUAAGAAUAUGAUGCCAGCUGCUGCAGGAGCCGUCGCAGCUGGAGCUGUAGCUGAUCAUAUGCUUGGGCCAAAGGAAGACAGACAUCUAGCAAUCGUUCUGGUUGGCUUGCCAGCUCGUGGCAAAACUUUUACUGCUGCUAAGCUUACUAGGUAUCUUCGUUGGUUAGGUCAUGACACCAAGCACUUCAAUGUUGGGAAGUACCGCCGACUCAAGCACGGAAGUAAUCAGACUGCCGAUUUCUUCCGAGCUGACAAUCCAGAAGGCUUAGAGGCUCGCAAUGAGGUAGCAGCCCUUGCAAUGGAAGACAUGAUCGCUUGGAUGCAAGAGGGUGGUCAGGUAGGGAUUUUUGAUGCCACAAACAGCUCGAGCCGAAGAAGGAAUAUGCUUAUGAAAAUGUCUGCGGGGAACUGCAAGAUAAUUUUCUUGGAAACAAUCUGUAAUGAUCCUAAAAUAAUUGAAAGAAACAUACGCCUCAAAGUUCAACAAAGCCCAGACUAUGCUGAAGAGCCAGAUUUUGAAGCUGGAUACAGGGACUUCAAGAGUCGCCUUGAUAAUUAUGAAAAAGUUUAUGAGCCAGUAGAGGAAGGUUCUUAUAUCAAAAUGAUUGAUAUGGUCAGUGGUCAUGGAGGACAAAUACAAGUGAAUAAUAUUAGUGGCUAUCUUCCUGGGAGGAUUGUCUUCUUCUUGGUCAAUACACAUCUCACACCACGUCCAAUUUUGCUAACAAGGCAUGGAGAGAGUCUAUACAAUGUUAGAGGCAGAAUUGGUGGUGACACCGCCAUAAGUGAAACUGGGGAGCUCUAUGCGAAGAAACUUGCAAAUUUUGUUGAAAAACGGCUGAAAAAUGAAAAGGCUGCUUCUAUAUGGACCAGCACAUUGCAAAGAACAAUUUUGACGGCUAAUCCAAUUGCUGGGUUUCCCAAGAUACAAUGGCGAGCCCUUGAUGAAAUAAAUUCUGGCAUAUGUGACGGGAUGACAUAUGAAGAAAUAAAGAAAAAUAUGCCCGAAGAAUAUGAGUCACGCAAAAAGGACAAGCUGAGGUAUAGAUACCCUAGAGGCGAGUCUUAUCUUGAUGUCAUACAAAGGUUGGAGCCGGUGAUUAUCGAGCUUGAAAGACAAAGAGCACCAGUGGUGGUGGUAUCUCACCAGGCAGUAUUGAGGGCUUUGUAUGCUUAUUUUGCUGAUAGGCCUUUGAGUGAAAUUCCACACAUAGAGAUGCCACUUCAUACAAUCAUAGAGAUACAAAUGGGAGUUACAGGAGUGCAGGAGAAGAGAUACAAACUGAUGUAGGUCAUUGCAACUUGACUUGCUAAUUCAUAAAUGCAGCAAUUCUCUCAUUCUUUAAGUUGUAAUUGACACCAAAAAGCUGUAUAUUGAUGAGACUUUGAAUUAAAGUGUAUUAUUUUGAAGGGCUUUUUUUUUUUUUUGUGAUUGUACGAGCAAAUAAUCUCUCCAAAGUUGUGGAAAUAUCCGGCUUUACCCAAAAUAUUCAGGAAAAGAGUGUAGUUUAGUUACCCACAAAAUAUGGACUCUGAUCCUUAAUAUGGUGUAAAUUCUAUUUUCCCCGUCCAAAUUCAUAUGGGACCCCUGAGAGAACCAACUCAAUGGCAACUACCAGAGCCUAGACAUGCUAUUCCCAUUAAAAUGUAUUAAUAUCACUGUUUCUGGUAAUUCUUGUUUUAUUUCAGUACAUGCAUUGGUUCUUGGAUUUUGGUGCAAGGUCGCCAUACGAAUCGAUCCUCUGUUUCCAUGCCU